CAGCCAUUUUGAUCUCACUCGGCUGGGCGUGCGGAUCCGUCCGUUGGUUCCCCGGUUUUCUUAUGAUGAGAGGCCGAUGCAAGAUCAAGCGGACCUCCUACUAAUGGGUAUCUAAGAUUGCAAAGGCGCAACCUCGAGGGAAGAGAUGGCUGUAUUCAUCAUCUGAUUUCGUAUCGCCACUCUGGGCCUUGGGACGGCCUAGCGUGGGCUAUCAACUGCAACAAAGUUUGGUCUAACAUGUUAGACUAGGCUGAUGCUAAGCCUGAAAGAAACUUUUAGGCAGAAUCCAGGAAGCAUGGCAUCACCUGAAUCAAGGGGCGAAUUAGCGAUCCAUAAGGGUGAUCCAAGUGCCAUGCACUCGUAUUCUGUUGUACCUGACUCCUCUGCGGGUCAGAGGAAGGUACGGCAGCAUGUCAGCGUCCUUUCACUGCCGACCCAAUCCCAAGUGCUUCCCUCUGCUCCACAAGCGAUGAUCUCAUCUAGUACCCUCAAACAUAGUUCUUCAGUCAGCCAAGAAUGUGCUCCUCCCCCAAAUAAACGCAUCAGAAUUGACCCUGAAGUGAAGGAACUUCUUGAGGAUGCCUAUCAAACAACAAAAGCACAGCUCCGGGACCUUCUGCGGGAAUACUGUUUCCUGUUGCAUGGCCCCAUCCCAAAAGAUGGUAGAGCAACGUGGAGGACGACAAUACCUCUGGCUGGUGAGGAAGCAGUUAUGCAGUCGUAUGGUGUGUGUGCAAGUGACUUGAGUGAUGAGAAGAAGCUCUUCGAUUCCAUCAGUGUGCCAACCGCAUCUUCAGCUGCCUCCCCAAAGUCAAAGACCAAUGCAGAAAUACCAGAGCCAGGUGUGGGCAAGACAUCAGGGUCAGCUAAGUCCUCGUUGGAGAAAGUUCGAGCAUCACCAUCCUGUGCACUAAAAUCUCCCAUUCAAGCAGUAGCACAUUCACCCCAGAAGCCUGCAUUAAGUCCUGGAUCACGAGGAUCCAUGGGAUCACCUCGAAGAGGACCUCCAUCUCAUCUUGGUGCUCCACGGGAGCCCUUUCUUUCUUCAAUGGACUCUGCUUUUGCCAAUCAACAUCAAAUUGAGAAGAAAGCCAAACAGGAGGUGCAUGUUCUCAAACGAGUUCGGGAACUGCGCUCACAGGGGGUGUGGCAGGCAUCUCGAUUGCCGAAAGUCAAUGAACCUAGUCGAACAAAGGCUCACUGGGACUAUCUUCUCGAAGAGGCAGCAUGGAUGGCCACUGACUUUGCACAGGAACGAAAAUGGAAGAAGGCUGCUGCUCGAAAGUGUGCCAAGAUGGUGCAGAAGUACUUUCAAGAACAGGAGAUUUUGAAGAAGAAGAAAGAGAAGGAAGAGGAGAUGCAGUCACGUAAAAUUGCAUCUAUGAUUGCCAGAGAGAUCCGUAAUUUCUGGAACUGUGUGGAAAAAUUGGUGGACUACAAGACCCAAACCAAGGUGGAAGCCAAGAGGAAGAGGGCUUUGGACCAGCACCUGAGCUUUGUCGUGGAGCAAACAGAAAAGUAUUCCUCUUGGUUGGCUGAGGGAAUGAAUAAUCCUCCCGAAGCCUCAGCCAUUGUGCCUACAGAAACACCAAUGGAGUGUCAAAAGGAGAAGAAGGAUGUUGCAGAUGAUGAGUUUCGACCAGGUGAGGAGAGCUCAGACGAUGACGAGGAAACAAUAGCUCAAGCUGAACAAGAGGGUGUCGAUGGGAACUCAGAAGAGGAUGAGAUCGCAGCAUUGAAGAGGGAAAGUGAGAAGCCUCUGGAGGACCUCUUUGAUGAACUUCCACCAGGAUACCUGGAAAGUCUUGGUCUCCCCCUCACUCCAGAUACUGAUCAGGAUUCCUGCAUUCAGCCAGCUGCAGAUGAGUCACAUUUGGAAGAGGAUUCAAGGGAGAAAUCCCAGAUGCAGAAUGAUUGUGAUCCAAAAUUUCAAGUUCCUGCAACUUCUGGCCACCAGUCAGAAGAGAGCAGAGGUGAAUCUCAUCCUCUAGUUGGGGAAAUGGAAGUGGAUGAUGGAGGGUCUGAUGCUGAAGAUGAAGAUAAAGAGGAUGGGAGUGAAGGUCUUGAAGAAGAUGAGGACAUUGUAGAGGAGGAGGAAGAAGAGGAAGAUGAUGGAGAUGAGGGUGAAGAUGAGAAGGAUGGAGAUGAGGAAGGGGAUGGUAUGCCCGAAGUCAGCCUCAAGUCCCUUUUGGAGGAUAGGCAGUCUGGGGAUGAUGAUGAUGAGGAUGGUCCUGGGAGGGAAAUAUCUGACGUGGCUGCCAUGGCAGAGAGUUUUCAGCCCAAGGGCAAUACGCUAUCCACUACAAAGGUGGUUGUGAAGGUGCCAUUCUUGCUGAAACAUACCUUGAGAGAGUACCAGCACAUUGGGUUGGAAUGGCUAGCUGCACUUCAUGACCGCCGGCUCAAUGGGAUCCUUGCUGAUGAGAUGGGGCUGGGAAAAACCAUCCAGACCAUUGCUCUUCUUGCUCAUCUUGCUUGUGAAAAAGGUAACUGGGGUCCACACUUGAUUGUGGUUCCUACAAGUGUGUUGCUGAAUUGGGAAAUGGAAUUCAAGAAGUGGUGCCCUGCUUUCAAGAUCCUCACUUAUUAUGGGAGUCAGAAGGAGAGGAAGCUGAAGCGCACAGGGUGGACAAAGCCCAAUGCAUUCCAUGUUUGCAUCACAUCCUACAAGCUUGUCAUUCAAGACCAUGCUGCCUUUCGUCGCAAGAAGUGGAAGUACUUCAUACUUGAUGAGGCACAGAACAUCAAGAACUUUCGUUCACAGCGUUGGCAGCUCCUCCUGAACUUCCGGACCCAACGGCGCCUGUUGCUGACAGGCACUCCACUCCAGAACAACUUGAUGGAACUAUGGUCCUUGAUGCACUUCCUCAUGCCCCACCUCUUUCAAUCACAUAAAGAAUUUAAGGAAUGGUUUUCAAAUCCUGUUUCUGGGAUGAUUGAAGGCACACAGGAAUACAAUGAGUCAAUCAUCAGAAGGCUCCACAAGGUAUUAAGACCUUUCCUUUUGCGGCGCCUGAAGUCAGAAGUGGAAAAGCAGCUGCCAAGUAAAUAUGAACAUGUUGUCAUGUGUCCACUAUCCAAGAGACAGAGGUUUCUGUAUGAAGACUUCAUGAGUCGAACCAAGACAAAGGAGACUCUGGCAGCUGGGAACUUCCUCAGUGUUAUCAACAUCUUGAUGCAACUGAGAAAAGUGUGCAAUCAUCCCAACUUGUUUGAACCCCGUCCGAUCAUCUCUCCAUUCGUAAUGCCAGGGUUGAUUCUUCCGACUGCCUCCCUUGCCGUUCGAACUCUGGAAUAUGAUCCUUUGCAGUGUGUAAACUUUGACUCGCUGAACUUAAAUUUGGCCUCGGCUGAGAUGCGUUUGGGUGCGUUUGAGGCAUAUCGCAUUCACAAAUAUGCGACUCCCCGACGUCUCAUCGAGGAGAUCAGUUCAGGAAAGGCAGGAUCAGUGCCAGUGGUUCCUCGAGGAGAAGCGCGCAUCUCCUACAAGCCCUGCCGUCCCACUGUUCGCAGUAACCCAUUGGAAUCUCUUCUCCCCAAGGUCAAGGGUCCAGAGAAGGCCCAGCUUGAGACUCUACUCUCUGGUCAGACUGUCAAGCGGGAACCAGAACCCCCCAUCAACAAAGGAGGAAACGAUAUGGUUAGUCAGGCCCAGCAAUUGGCUCAGUUGCUGCAGAGUGGAGCUCUGCAGAUCCAGCAGACUCCUGAUGGCCAGCACAUCCUGCUUUCCCCCCAGCUUGGCCGUGGUACAGUCCUUCAAGUCAUCCAGACACCCACA